CUCCUCCGCUCAGCGAACAGAAGCACGCCACUCUUCUCUCACCGCGAUCCAGAUCGACCGCCAUGGCUCCCAGCUCCCCUGCUCCUCGCUGCCGGCAGGCGUCCCUCUUCCGCCUUAAACUCCCGUACCAGCGGCUCCCCGGUGCCCCUCACAUCGGACCCAGCCCACCCCCUCUCUCGCCCGCGCAGCACCAGCAGCAGCCAUGGAUCUGCUGCCGCAGGCGUCGGAGGCGCAGGCCGAUGGUAGCGCGGUGGCAGGGCGGGGAUGCGUGCAGCCCUCUCCCUCGCCUUCAAGAGAAAGUAAAGGAUAUGCACUUGAUGGAGAAGGUAGCAGGGUUAUUAGCAGAAUCAAAUGGUAGAAAGAAAAAUAUGGCAUGAACUCAAUAUGCAAAUCUUUGCGUCAAGAGGAUGGUCAGAUAAGAAUGUAGCAUCACAAAAGAUUUCUGGGCUGACUAGAAAACCACCACCUCUUGGUUUGUUCAUUUCCACUGUCUUCUUCAUAAUAUGCAGUAGUUACUUUCACUUGGCAAGUUUCGUGUCUUUUUCGAGAAGAGUUUGGCAUGCCUGAACCGAGUAAAAAAUCGAACAUUACUACUCCUAAGUUGCCUGAAACGAGUAGUAGCAUAGCUGCUUAAAGCCUCAAACAGGAAAAUCUCUGUUACCAGACAGGAACGCCAUAUGACAUCAUGAACUACGUAGAAAAAACUCUGUAGCUGCCAGAAUAGUUGCCUCGCGUACUUUACUCUAAAAUAUUUCUGAUAAGCCUGUGAACCUAUUUUAAAUCCACUAGCUUACUGUUGUACAACGAACAUAGAGCCAUAAUUCUGCUCACAAUUUUAUUCAUGUAGCAGUUCAGUAACAACUGACAGUAUAUGGUGACAAAUUUAAGAAGUUCAACAACUGACAGUACCCUAGAAUCAAUGGAAUGUACUCCUUAGCAUUCACACUCUAGAAAUGGAGUACUGAAUUUACAUGGGUACUGAAUUCAAUGUGCAUGAACUUGAAUUUCUUGAUCUGCAUUGUUUGCUUAACCGCUGCUGCACUUGUUCUUCAGGGAGCAUGCCAAGACGGCAGGGAGGAUGUCGAGGACAGCAGCGAGCUUGGAGUCAAGGUCGCGAAAGGAGGCGGUGAGGUGGGCGCACCAGAGCAGCGCCCACGGGCGGGUGCAACAUAUAGAUCACGGAAGUAGAGGAGCAGGGGAGCAGUGCACAGCAGAGCGGCUGGAUCCAUAGAUCCGGCUGGAACUUACUGGCUUUUAGUAUACACAAUUUUCCUUUCUUCAAAGGAUAUCACAUAGUUGUAAGAAACUGUAAAAAAUAUUAUGACGGAACAACUUGUUUCCUUUAACUUCAUUCGCGUCAGCAAAAUUGUCACUUA